AGGCGGCGGGAGGGGCUGAGGGCAGGGACAGGGCCGGACCCUGGCGGCCCGCGGUGCUUCAUCCAUGCCCCACUGGCCCAGGCUGGGGCUGGGCACUCCCGGCAUAGCUGCCUCCCCUGUGGUGCUGUAGAAUCCGGCAGAGGCUUCGUUCGACAGAGGCAACCCCGGCCUUGGAGAGAGCAACGGGAUGUUUGAGGGGCGCUGGUCACGGAGGUCCCUGGGAGUAGACGCCAGGGGCAGGGAGCUUGAAAAGCAGGAGGGCCCCAGGCUCCCAGGGCGCUCCACCAAUCUGGGGCCCCUCGGCUGCCACUGGUCCGGAGUGGGGGGCCAUGACACCAUAAUCCCCGGGGCCCUGGCCGGCGGCUGUGAGUGGCACCGCAGGGCCCCCGCCCCCAGUCCCGUGGGCUGGGCUGGCCUCCGUGCGGCUGGGUGCACGCAGUCGGGGGCAGCGCCGGCCAGGCCGCUGGGCGCCUAUGGACCGGCGGGGCCCGCUGUCUCCCCGGGCCAGCGCGUUCAGCAUCGCCUCUCUGGUUGCAGCAGAGGCCGCGGAGCGCACCGCUCGCCCGGGCCCCGAGUCCUCCGACCAGGCGAAGCUUCCGCGGCUGCUGGGGUCCCCAGCCGGGAUGCACUUCAGCACCGUCACCAGAGACAUGGAAGGCGCAUGUUCCCCACGUUCCAAGUGAAGCUCUUCGGCAUGGACCCCAUGGCGGACUACAUGCUCCUCAUGGAUUUCGUGCCGGUGGACGACAAGCGCUACCGGUACGCCUUUCACAGCUCUUCCUGGCUGGUGGCUGGGAAGGCAGACCCCGCCACACCAGGCCGCGUCCACUACCAUCCUGACUCGCCUGCCAAGGGUGCACAGUGGAUGAAGCAAAUUGUGUCCUUUGAUAAGCUCAAGCUGACCAACAACCUGCUGGAUGACAACGGCCAUAUUAUUCUCAACUCCAUGCACAGAUACCAGCCUCGCUUCCAUGUUGUCUACGUUGACCCACGCAAAGAUAGUGAGAAAUACGCCGAGGAGAACUUCAAAACCUUCGUAUUUGAGGAGACACGCUUCACUGCCGUCACUGCCUAUCAGAACCACCGGAUCACGCAGCUCAAGAUCGCCAGCAACCCUUUCGCCAAAGGCUUCCGAGACUGCGACCCCGAGGACUGGCCCCGGAACCACCGGCCCGGCGCACUGCCGCUAAUGAGCGCCUUUGCGCGCUCUCGGAACCCCGUGGCCUCUCCCACGCAGCCCAACGGCGCGGAGAAAGACGCGGCCGACGCCCGGCGGGAAUUCGAGCGCGACGCGGGCGGGCCGGCGGUGCUCGGGGACCCGGCGCACCCGCCGCAGCUGCUGGCGCGGGUGCUGAGCCCCGCGUUGCCCGGGGCCGGCGGGGCCGGGGGCCUGGUUCCGCUGCCCGGGGCGCCCGGAGGCCGGCCCAGCCCCCCGCACCCCGAGCUGCGCCUAGAGGCGCCCGGCGCGUCGGAGCCGCUGCACCACCACCCCUACAAGUACCCGGCCGCCGCCUACGACCACUACCUCGGGGCCAAGAGCCGGCCGGCGCCCUACCCGCUGCCGGGCCUGCGCGGCCACGGCUACCACCCGCACGCGCACCCGCACCACCACCACCCCGCCGUGAGCCCGGCGGCCGCAGCCGCCGCCGCCGCCGCCGCCGCCGCCGCUGCCGCCGCCGCCAACAUGUAUUCGUCGGCCGGGGGCGCGCCGCCCGGCUCCUACGACUACUGCCCCAGAUAGUGGGGCGCCCGCCGGCCGCUUCAGCCCGGUCCCCGCACAGCCCCGAGGGCCGCCGAACACGCUCCCCCCGGGGGCCUCCGCUCCCCAGCCUCGAAGCCAAGGGGUCCUCCACCCUUCAGCCCGGAGCUGCCGAGGUGCCCGGGUCCCCAGUCCCGGAGCCGCCUAGGCCCCCCGGCCCCGAGCGAGGGCCACGGGCUCCGCGCCCGCCAGUGCCAAAGCGCCCGGUCAGCGGCGGAAGGAAGUGAUAUUUAUUGUUCUCCGCGAGACCGCGUCGCCCCCUCGACCCGGCCGGCAGCUGCAGUACGGACGACCCGGGAGCCCCGUCUGCAGGCGGUGUAGAUACGUGUAGAUAUUUGUAGAUACUGUAGAUACCGCGCCGGCGCCGACUUGAUAAACGGUUUCGCCUCUUUUGGAA